AAUUUGGGGAGGAACUCAUUCAGUCAGUUUGAGGGAACUAUCGAAUAGGAAAUCAAUCACAACUUCCUGUUGUGCAGUGGUGUUUGGGUUUUGCCCCAUAGAAGAAGCUCUCCUUUGUGCAGUUCUCGAAUUCUAUUUUCGAUUUCUUGCUAUCGUAGUUCGAUUUGCACCCCCGUUGACGUUUUUGAUCAAUUGGAUCGGUUUAUUGCUGAGGAUUCAAGUUUUUAUUGCUUUGAGACUGUUUUAAUUGGUGGUUUCUUCUGAAAUGAGUUGAUCUAGCUUCUGAAGUUCGGGGGAUUGGUUUGAGGUUGAACAUUUUGGUUAAGGACGAUGUAUGUGACUUGCCAUCACCUCGUAUGUGGAAGAGCAGCGUUGAAUUUCGUGGCGCAUGGCUGCAAUCGUAAGUCCUCUUUCAAUCAAUUCUUCCGAACAAAAUGUGCCGAUAGAGUGAAUAGGAACAGGAACGGUAGUAGAGGCUAUGAAGCUGGGAGGCUGGUUCAUUGCCGACAGGAUUUCGGGAGGUGUGGUGUGUUUGACACGAAGAAUACAGGAGAAUCUGUCAAUGAGGUGGGAGAUGGUCCUUUACCAGUGAUGGAUUUAAGGCAGGAGUCAACGCGGUUGGACAUGUUUGAACUGGUUGCAGAGGACCUUUUAACACUGAACAAGAAUCUUCAGUCGAUCAUCAGUGGCGAAAACCCUGUUCUGAUGUCUGCCGCAGAGCAAAUCUUUGGUGCCGGGGGUAAAAGAAUGCGACCGGCUCUUGUUUUUCUAGUGUCGAGAGCCACUGCUGAAAUCUUUGGUCUAAAGGAUCUUACUAAAGAACAUAGACGGCUAGCAGAGAUCAUCGAAAUGAUCCACACGGCUAGCUUAGUACAUGAUGACGUAUUAGAUGAGAGUGACACAAGGCGAGGGAAGGAAACUAUCAAUCAACUAUAUGGUACGAGAGUAGCCGUGCUGGUUGGGGAUUUUUUAUUUGCACAGUCGUCGUGGCACCUUUCGAAUCUUGAAAAUCUCGAAGUCAUAAAGCUUGUUAGCCAGGUCAUUAAAGAUUUUGCAAAAGGCGAAAUCAAGCAAGCUUCCUCGCUGUUCGACUGCGACAUUCGUCUAGACGAGUACCUAAUCAAAAGUCACUACAAAACAGCAUCCUUAAUCGCCGCCAGCACCAAGGGGGCCGCCAUGUUCAGCGGCGCAAGCCGCGAAGUUGUCGAUCAAAUGUACAUGUACGGCAAGAAUUUGGGCCUAUCCUUCCAAAUAGUCGACGACAUAUUAGAUUUCACUCAAUCAGCCAAGCAAUUGGGAAAACCUUCCGGGAGCGACCUUGCAAAGGGAUAUCUAACGGCCCCCGUGAUAUUUGCACUCGAAAAAGAACCGUGUCUGAAGGACAUGAUCCAAUCUGAGUUCAUCGAGCCCGACUCUCUUCGAAAGGCAAUCGAGAUUAUUAAGGACUCCGGAAGCAUCGAACGAGCAUGGGAAUUGGCAAGAGCGAAGGCGGACGAGGCGCUCGAGAAUCUUUGGUGCUUGCCGGAGAGUUCUUUCAGGUCGGCUCUCGAACAUAUGGUGAGCUAUAACCUCAAGCGAAUAGCUUGAAUACGAGAAUUGUUUUGUAACACGUCUUGUGUCUGUAUUCGAACAUAGGUUGUUGGCAUUAUUUGCUUUGGGUUUCUUGAUGUGGUACGACUCUGUUUACACAACUUUAGAGCAAAAGCAACACCUCUAUUCAGUGUACGGUUGUAACGUAA